AUCUACUGGGGAGAAAAUUUAUAGUGCAGUGUUGUUGAAGGAAAAACCCAAAAAAAAGUGAUUCAUACAUUGCACACAGCAAAGUAACUCCAACACGAAACUCUUCACCAUUGUACCUUUUAUCGAAUUGUGUGUGAAAAUAUUGAGGAAAAUGGUGAUAAACGUUGGAAAAACCGUGUGCAAAUAUAAGUGAUGACCUGACCAAAGGGUGGAACUUUUGAGAGAUAGUAGUGGAAAAAAUCUUCAUUAUGAGCGUAUUCAAAGUGCUUCUCUGUUGCCUCAUUCUGAUUCCCAGUACAGUCAUUCCAUCGAGAGAACCACGAGCUGAUGAAAAUAUCAAAUAUGGAUUGGUUCACGCAUGGGCUGAGAAGUUGGGUAUUGAACUCUGGCAUGUUGGUGAUUUUAUAACACGGAGAAAACUAGUACAAGAUAGUUUCAAACAAGCUCAAGUUAUUCCACGGUCUGGACAAAAAAUUGCUGAGGAAAUGUCCAAGGAGAUACUUUAUUUGAUGGAAUCAAGGAUUAGUGCAGUAAAGCGUAUUAUGGAUGCUGCGGAAAACAUGGCUGUAUCUUACGAGCACAAAGAAGCUGAUCCUGAAUUUCGAUAUUACAAUGCAAAGGAGAUGAUUGAACCAGUUGUGAAAGUUAAUAAAACGGACGACUCUACAGAAGAUGAUGAAAACGAGGAACCGAAAUUAUUUGAUGAAAAUGGUGAACCGAUAAAAAUUAUUAAACCGAAGGAGAUUGUUUUAACGCCUGAUCCUCAUUUCUUCAACAUCCGUAUUAAUACGACACAUAGUUCUGUUCACGUACCCACAAACGUCUAUGACCGAUCUGUUGAAGUGAUCUCGGCCAUUGAAUGGUCAGAGAAGUUGGAUAAUAUCUUCAGGGACAACUACGACAAAGAUCCAACGCUUUCAUGGCAAUUUUUUGGUAGUUCAACAGGAUUUAUGAGACAAUUUCCAGCAUCAAAAUGGCAAGAAGAUCCUGUGGAUUUGUAUGACUGUCGUUUGAGAUCUUGGUAUAUUGAAGCAGCCAAUAGUCCUAAGGAUAUUGUAAUCCUUGUGGAUAUAUCUGGCUCAAUGACGGGACAACGGAAUGAUAUAGCAAAGCAUGUGGUCAACAAUAUUCUCGAUACACUUGGUACAAAUGACUUUGUUAAUAUCUUCAAAUUUGCCAUCAGUGUCGAAGAGAUCGUACCAUGUUUCCGGGAUAUGCUGGUCCAGGCCAAUAUGGAAAACAUUCGUCAACUGAAAAUGGCAAUGGAGGAUUUUCAGACAGAAGAGAUCGCCAAUGUAACAGCUGCCCUAAUAAGGGCCUUUGAGCUGCUAGAAGAAUACAGAAAUGAUAAAGUCGGUGCCCGUUGCAAUCAAGCCAUUAUGCUAAUUUCUGAUGGAGUCCCGUAUAAGUAUCAGGACAUUUUCGAGUACUACAAUUGGCCUUACAUACCAGUCCGAAUCUUCACAUACCUCAUUGGACGAGAGGUUGCAGAUGUCAAGGAAAUCAAAUGGAUGGCAUGUGAAAAUCGUGGAUACUAUGUGCAUCUAAGUACUAUGGCUGAAGUGAGGGAACAAGUUCUUAACUAUAUACCCGUUAUGGCCAGACCUCUUGUGCUCAACAAGACCUAUCAUCCGAUCAUCUGGACGCAAGUUUAUGCCGAUGAAGUGGAUCCAAAGAUGACAGAUUGGCAGUGGGAGAUAAAGGAACGUGAAGAACAAAAGGAACGCUUUAUGAGCCAACGGAAGAACUACAAAAAUUUUCAUUUACCCGAAGAACAGGAACGUCGAUAUCAACUAAAAUUGAAAAAGAAUCAAGAUCAAACAACAGAUACAGAAAAAUAUCACUUCAUGACAACGGUUUCAAUGCCAGUAUUCGAUAGACGAGAAAAUGCCAAUAUUACGGAAGACAUUCUAGUUAACGAGGCAUAUUGGGUCACGAUAACACGUGAGACAAAAAUCGCCAAUCUGCUAGGAGUCGCUGGCACAGAUGUACCAAUAAAGGAUAUAAAACGAUUAAUGAUGCCUUUUAUGCUUGGUGUCAACGGUUAUGCUUUCAUUGUGACCAAUAAUGGAUAUGUGCUCAUCCAUCCUGAUUUGAGACCAGUAUUUCAGGACAUCCUCAAACCAGCCUACAACGCAGUGGAUAUGAUUGAGGUAGAACUCAUGGAUGAUGAUAGAGAUCCAAGAGAUUUCAAUGAAAAUCUUAUAGAGAUGAGAGAUUCUAUUAUAAAUCAGUCAAAUGGAUCCAAAUGGAUGCUUGUGAAAUACCAUUUGGAUACCAUGAAACGAGUCUCUCGACUUAAGCGCUUGUACUUCUGGACACCCUUGAAAGAAACUCCCUUUACACUUGUGGUGACGUAUCCAGAAAGUUACGGUGUCAACCGAAUUCAACCUCGAACAGAGGAUGAAAUUCACCGGUUAUUGGCGCAAGGGCACAAUUUGACUGAUUUCUUCAAUGGCAAUCAUUGGAGCAUUCAUCCGGACUGGAUUUAUUGCAAAAGCAAGCACCAUACCUACGGCAGUCCGGAGAAUGAGUUGAAGGAUGUGCUGAAGAAUAUGAGUAAGCCAGGGUGGAAAUGGCCUACAAAUAGAACGCCUCCGCCCCCUGAGCAUGCUGUUAGCUUCAAAUCCUCUAACAGUUCAGGACGUUCAGCGUCAAAAUCAGAAAAGGAUCAAUACUACUAUAUUCUUGCACAAUUCUAUGCACAGUUAGCUGAGGAAUUGCACAUGACACAACAGGUGUCCGUUCAUGACAUUAAUUAUUGUGACCGAAAUUUGAUGCAAUCACUCGUUUAUGAUGCUAAAGUCACAAGUUGGUGGAAUGCAACUCAUAAUCUCAAGGAUGAUAAGGGUCCAAGUCCCAUUGCUGUACUAAUGGGACUUUUGCCAAGGAAUGAGUUUAAACAACGUUUCGGCAUAACCGUAGCUUUUAUGGCUACUCACAGUGGUUUGACGCGAUGGCAAGAGUUCUACAGUAAUUCCGUUGAGGAAAUACGAUCAGAUCAAAGCUUUAGUGAGAAUAACAAGAAAGCUGUUGAUGAAAUUUGGUACAAACGAGCUGUUGAACAACAUUUUGUUGAACCAACAAGCUUUACAUAUUCUGUACCGUUUGAUGCUGCAGAAACAAUUGAAAACACAAAAGAUGUAUUAGUAACCGCAAGUCAUGCAAUUUUCCAUACGGACGGUGGAAAAUCAGCACCAGCAGCGGUUGUCGGUUUCCAAUUUCAACAUUCGGCUCUCAAGACGCUCUUUCGCAACAUCACAGCAAAUUGUGGUGAUGCCAGUUGCUCAAAAACUUGCGCUUCCGAUGGUAUCAAUUGCUACAUCCUCGACAACAAUGGCUACAUCAUUGUGAGUCCUGACAUUGCGGAUACUGGAAGAUUUUUUGGAGAGGUCAAGGGAUCAAUUAUGCAACGUCUGGUUGAUGAGAAUAUUUACAAGCAAGCAAUGAUUUAUGAUUACCAAUCCGUAUGCUUUGCUCUGAAAGAAUCAACCAAUGUUGCGGGAAUACUACAAACACCACUUAGGUUUAUCUUGAAGUUUCUUCAAGUUUUCGGACGCAUUAUCAUAUUCUUCAUGGCCGAGAUUUUAUUUCUUCCCGUUGAUGCUAACUAUGUCGGGUAUACAUAUGCCAUGGAUGACAUGUUUUAUCCCGAACCCACGGAACCAUACUACAAUGUGCCCACUACCAAACGACCAGAAUUUGAUCGUCGUGUACUGAUCAACAAGACCCGACCACAACCUUGUGAUCAGAUCAUUACGCUGUAUCAACUCAACAUGGAGAAGGAGAAGACGGUGUUUAAGAAACCGGCCAGCGGAUGUGAGCGUCCUUUUGUCGUCACACCCAUUUCCUAUAGUAACCUCAUUCUCCUCGUUGUGGACACAUUAUGCCCAAUAAGUGAUCCCGAAAUCAUCCUAACGAAUCUUCCGAUGGAGUUCAACUACAAUUCCUCUCUAGCCUGCCACAAGAUUCGCUUCAAUGAUCUCCCGCGCAAGAGACCAUCAAGCUGUAUCAAUACCCAUGACAAAGAGAGCACCAUUGAACUCUGUGGCCAAUCAACACGCAUUAGUGUCUCACUAAGUCUCCUGUUUCUCGUCGUUGCAAAAAUCCUGUCACUCCACUAACCGUUGAACUAGUGGCUUGUAGUAGAAAGAAAACUCGAAGAAUUUUGUCCAACACACAAGGCGCCUUCUAGUUUAAACUUAAAUUCAUUCAGCAACACGUAAAAGUAAAUCCGAAAAUUCUUGUACAACUGUGAUAAAUGAUUCGUAUUUGAGAGGAGAGAAAAAAAAAUUCAUAAAUAGGGACGAAUGACAUUCUCGUAAAUUUGGGCUACAACAUCUCCAGCAAAGAUCCUUUGCAAAUAGAAAAAAAAGAAACAGAAAUCCAUUUUAUGCAUAAACAUUUAGAGCUUUCUUAUAUAUUAUAUAAAUUCAAACAUCUUUGUCAUUUUCAUGAGAAAACCCAAAAAAAAAUGUCUGUGUAAAAUAAAUAUUGUAUAAAUACAGUUCAAUAAAAAUUCACAGUAUAUAAUUAAAAAUUAAUUAAAAUUUACCAAAAAUGAAACAAAGAAUUGUACGAUCUUUUUUUGUUCUUUUUUUCAAAACUCACUAAACUGAAAGAUCACAUGAAUAAAAGAUUAUGUCAUGUUACAGAA